AUGUCCUUCCUCACCUCUGUCCGGGCUAGCUCCCGUCGCGUUGUACCCUCGAGCUAUGCUCUUCCCUCCAUCUCUACAUUCCAUACCUCCACACCACGAUACACACUCAAAGAAAGCGAUAAGAAUCGCGGCGACCUCCCUGAUCACUACGAGGCCCAGAAAGAUCAGCAAUUGAAGAGCCGGGAAACCGGACAAGCGAAAUGGAACUCUGAAUUAGCGAGUAACAGCGAAGCGGAUGUCAAGGCGGAUCGAGGCGAAUGCGAUUCCUCGGAUAAAGCUUUCCAGGAGUUGCAAAAGAAGACCAAGCGUAUCCCCGAACAAAAGUGA